CGUCGCCAUCUCUCUCUCUAUCUCUCUCUCUCUCUACAACAUAGUUAUCAUGAAUCACCGCUCACCCCACCCGACCACCCACCGCCGCCCCGCCGCCCACGCUCCCCCGGCCCGGGUGCCCUCGGACUGGUCCCUGCAGACCUUCCCGCCGGAGGGCCACGCCGACCUGGUCCGCCGCCGGGGCGGCCUCAUCUCCGUCCCCUGGAGGCUCGCGCUGCCGCCCUGGCUUCCGUCCGCGGCCCCCGAGGCGGCAGCGGGGGGACCGGCGAGGCUGCUGCUGAACGUGACGGUGGAGCGGAGCCUGGGGCCGGUGCAGGUGGUGAUGGCGGCGGAGAAUAGCGUGGGCGACCUGGUGAGGGCGAGCGUGGAGGCGUACGGGAAGGAGAAGAGGCGGCCAUUGCUGAGAGCGAGCGACCCUCGCUGCUUCGAGCUUCACUACUCGCCCUUCAGCUUGGAGUGUGAGUUCUCACCUCACCAGCUUUUUUCAUUCUUAAAAUCCACGAAAAUUUUCUAUGUUAAUAUUAUUAUGCUGACCUGGAAUUUCCUCGAACCCAAAAAAAAAAAUGUGGACCUAGCCUCUAUGAG